CUGGGCCAACAUUGAACAUACCUAUGCAAGUUUACAUGGGCCGUGUGAGCUGCGACUUUCCCCAUCCUCCUCUUCUCGUCUUCUCCGUGAGUUCCGCAGCUGCGGCGGCCGCAUCGAUUUCUAGGGUAGAAACCCGCUCAAAUCCCUCGUCGAUUUGAGGCGCUCGGGCGGAGGUAGGAGGAGCCAGCCUCGCGAAGGGUUCGGCCGCGUGCUAGUGUCGAGAUGGCGGGGCGCAAGGAGACUGCACUCGACCUGGCGAAGUUCGUCGACAAGGGCGUCCAGGUGAAGCUCACCGGCGGCCGGCAAGUGACAGGAACUUUAAAGGGAUACGACCAGCUACUCAACUUAGUGCUAGAUGAAGCAGUGGAGUCCGAAAGAGAGCAAGAUGACCCAUUGAAGCUAUCUGGGAAAACCAGACAGCUUGGCCUCAUUGUGUGCAGGGGCACGGCAGUCAUGCUGGUCUCACCAACUGAUGGAACUGAUGAGAUCGCGAACCCUUUCCUUGCCGAUGGGGCAUAAGCUUGCACUGGUUGGUUAUUUAGAACCGUGCUCUCAAAGCACCCUCAGAACCAUCUGUUCCAGUGAAAAAGAACUCCAGUCUCAUGUAUUAUUUACCCGUUGCUGAUGAAGUUGUAAUUUCCAUUGUGCAACUUAAAAUGUUGACCCUUUGCUGCUAAUGUAUUGUUGCAAUGUACUUAAGUUUUUGCCUC